AUGGCUCAAACCAGUCCAAACAGUAAAUUUCACGACUGGUCGAGUCUUCAUCAAGAUAUUGUCGACUCGAUCGCCAAACGAAUAGUCUCUCGGGCGGAUUUGAUUGCUUUUGCCGCAGUUUGUAAAGCAUGGAGAUCAGCCGCCAUCAAAGAAUACUUUACCAGCCGAUCAACACUGAAAUCUCCAGUGCUUAUGAUCCAAGCCAAGAACAAGGAGAACGGCACUCCCACCCCUGAAUUCUACAACAGCUCAAAGAGUACGUGGUCAAAGGGUACGUUUCACAAACUUGGUCUGCUCGCACCCAAGAAAACAAAGCAGUCUUUUUAUUCUUCUCUAGGCUGGCUGGUGGCUGUGUCUGCGGAUUUGAAGGUUGAUCUGCUGCACCCUUUAAGCCAUGCCCAGAUUGAACUUCCAGAUAUUAACAAAGUCAGAAACCAUCACCAGCAACAGAGCUUUUCCGGCGUGCCGUACGAGUUCAUAGCUAGUAAGUUUGUCUUGUCAUCAAGCCCUUCUUGGACGUGUGAUUAUAUAGUGACUGUUAUUUAUAGGAUUUUGGGAGGCUGGGGUUUUUGGAGACCAGGAGAAGAUGAAUGGACCAGUGUGGGGAGGAAUAUAAUGGAUCUUGCUUAUUAUAAAGGACAGUUUUAUGCUGUGGACUUUGAUGGGAAUAUAAUGGUUUGUGAGAUUGCAGAGCCUGAGCAACCAAAAAUGAGGAUUGUUGUUCCGAAAGUGCCAAUGGAACCCAUGUGUGCUUCUGUUGAUCAAAGCCUUUAUCUGGUGGAAUCACAAGGGGCCUUGUUGGUGGUUCUGCGUCUUAGGCAAUGGUUCAGUUCAACAACUGAGUUUAGGGUAAAGAACUUGGGUGACAGUACCCUAUUUCUGGGACGCCAUAAUUCUUCCUUCUCUAUCGAAUGCAAGAAGAACAAGAACUUUGGGAUGACUUGGAGAAUUGGUAUGGGGGAUAAGGUGAAGUUUUGGACUGAUAAAUGGUUGUCUGAUGUGCCUUUGAUACAUUAUGAGGGGGUGGUAGAGUUGUUGGACCUUGAUUGUCCUGUGUCAAGUUUCUUUAAACAGGGAUGGUGGGAUAUUAAGAAGCUGAGAGCUACUGUGCCUGAAGAGGUGGUGCAAAAGCAUUGGCUUAAGAAUAAUAUUUUCUCCGAGGCUUGUUGCUCUGGGAGCAUAUCUUGGAGUUCUGUGUUUGUGUUUAUUUGUUGGUAUUUGUGGAAAUGGAGAAACCAAUUUAUUUUUAAUGCUGAGGAGGUUGUUCCUUCUAAUCCGAGGCAGAUUAUUCUCUCUGCUGUUUCUGAGUGGAGCAAGGCUUCUUGUGGCUGUAGAGCAGUUGGGGAGAAAGUGCAAUCUCCUUUGGCUUGGGAUUUUCCUGGGACUGCAGUGGUCAAACUUAAUGUGGAUGGGUCUCAUAAAGCGGCUUUUGGGAAUAUUGGUGCUGGAGGCGUUCUUCGUGAUGGCAAAGGGGAAUGGCUUGGGGGAUUUGCUGUGAAUCUGGGAAAGGGCCAAACAUCUCCUUGCUGGUCUGCUGUGUAA